AUGGAGAAUUUCACUGAGGAGGAAGUUACCAUAGCUAUGCAGCAGCUUGGAGCUUUUAAGGCACCCGGUCCUGAUGGGUUCCACGGAAUAUUUUAUAGAGAACAUUGGCCAGUUGUCUCCAAAGACAUCCAUCAAGCACUGCAGCUCUUAUUCACCACAGGCCAUCUAGAUCCUGCACUAAACAGAACACAAAUCACACUGAUACCCAAAGUCCCACAGCCAGAAAAACUAGAGCAAUAUCGCCCUAUCAGUCUCUGCAACUUCCUAUACAAAAUAAUCUCUAAAGUCCUUACAAACAGACUCAAACCUAUCCUACCCCAUAUCAUCGCAGAGGAACAGAGCGCUUUUGUGGGAGGCAGGCAGAUUCAGGACAACAUAUUGAUAGUACAGGAAGUGCUCCACAGACUCCGAACUAGCAACAAGAGGAAGAAAUUUCAAGCAGUCUUAAAACUAGACAUGCAAAAGGCUUAUGAUCGCAUUGAGUGGGAUUUUCUUAAGGCAUGCCUAACAAAAAUGGGCUUCUGUGACAAAUGGAUAACAUGGAUAAUGCAAUGUGUGAGCACAAUUAUGGAAUGUCAAAACCUUGCUGAUAUACUUAAUCAGUACUGCUUUGCUUCAGGCCAGGCAAUUAACCUCAACAAAUCAGGCAUCUACUUUAGUAAAGGAUGUCCUACAGAUCUAAGAAGAAAUAUGGCAUCUGCUCUUAGGGUUCCAGAAAUCGCAAAGACAGGGAAAUAUCUGGGCAUACCUUCAGACUGGGGACACUCCAAGAAUGACAUGUUCGCUUGGAUCCUAGCUCGGGUAAACUCCAAGUUGAGCAGCUGGAAGGAAAAACUGUUAUCAAAAGCUGGAAAGGAAAUUCUCAUAAAAGCAGUAGUACAAGCUAUCCCUCAGUACGCGAUGUCUAUAUACAAAAUUCCCAUAUCAAUCUGUAAAGCAAUAGAGAAGAAGGUUGCCUCUUUUUGGUGGAAAAGCAACGAGAAAAAUACUGCAAUCCACUGGAAGAAGUGGGAUUUGUUGAAAACAGGGAAAGGCGAAGGGGGAUUGGGAUUUAAAGAUCUACAGACUGUUAAUAAAGCACUGCUAGCAAAGCAGAUGUGGCGCAUAAUUCAAAAUCCAGACUCUUUGUUAACCAGAUUAUGGAAAGGGCUAUAUUACUCACAGAGAGAUUUCUGGACUGCAGGCAAAGGGUCAAGGCCUUCGUGGGGAUGGCAGAGUAUCAUCAUGGCAAGGGACUCGGUUGCUCCUCAAGUCAUGCAUAGGAUUGGCAAUGGCAAAAACACUCCAAUUAGAACAGCGAGAUGGCUAAAGAGUGGAACGAUUCGUAUUAAUGUGGAUGCAGCUUUCGACCCAGAUUUGGAAAGGAACACAGCAAACACCGAUACGACAGAACCUCCCACUGAGAUGACAGAGCCUCCUCGACAUCGCGCGGCCAUACCAUGUGUAUGCAGAGAUCACCGAGGCCUCAUCGUUGAUGGUUUCGCGAAGCCAGUCGCUGCGACUUCGGCUCUCCAGACUUCAACAGAGUUGAGUUGGGAACUGAAUCCGACCGGGAGCCGGGCCCAGGCAAAAUUACUUCACCUUCCGGGCCUGACGUUGGCCCACUAUAGCAAAAACUUAAACCGCCUUGCGGACUGGAUCGCGAAGGCAUGCCGAAACAACUCUCUACCCCCAGACUGGAUUUAUAAUCCCCCCCUGUCUUAUUUGAUCUACUAUGCUUUGAUGCUCUGA